AUAAACGGAUUCAUGCAAGACCAACAAGACAGUAUUUUUUGGAGAAUGAUUUAAAGUAUAAAAUAAAGUCCGUCACCAGAGAAGAUUUUUAGUGUUUGUUUAAUCUUCUUAAUUCUAGGGAUAAAUCUGAGGUCGCAGACGAUUAAAGGGUAGAAAAACUCGCGCCAAAUCUCUGCACCAUUGACAACAGCCUACCAAAGGUUGCAAUGACGUGAACUAUAGAAUCUUACUUUUCAUGAUUGAAGAGAAUAUGUGAGUUUUUCAGCAUCAAUUUCAAGUGCCAUAUAAAAGGAAGAUGGAUAUCAACAUCUUUUUAAGUCUUCUGACAACCACGGUGUUAAUACGCAAAAUCGGUGCAGCAUGCACUUUUCCAGACGAGCUCCGUGGGACCUGGGUUAGUUCCCAUAAAGGAGCACUGAGCUUCAACGAUUCUCUGAUCACAGAGUACCCCAUUCAAAUGUCAGCUGUGGUGUCCGCCCUGGAUUUUAACUGCCACGAGAGCAGUGGAAGAACAUACCUCAUAAAAUCAACCACGGCUGUUAUUGCAUUUGGUCAGCUGAUUGAUGCAUACAUCUGUUUAGACCUCUACCGAGUGUCCGCCACAAAGUACAAGUACUUCAUUGGCACUACGGUAGACUCCAGCAUCAACGACUAUGUGAAAGGCGUAAUGACACAAACUAACAUCUCUAUGAGCGACGCCUGCAAUAGAGCCACGCCCUAUGCUGCUAACACUUUCAUCACAUUGGUCAAAGACGGUGAAAUAUACACAGGUUCUGCCCAGGCAUCCUGCCCCUCUGACCUUAGAGCCGUGUACUCCACUGUCGUGAUAAAGAACUCGGAUGAUACCACUACUUGUUCUGGAAAUUCUUAUGAUGGGUGCUCCCAGAAGCUUAGCUUCAAGUCCACCUACCAAGCAUGUGCCACAAGUUUGGUGUUUUCAGGUUCCGGGGACUUCUAUUGCCUCCACUCAGAGAUCAUUGGUGACGUCACUUACACCAUUGUGUGGAACAACGACACCACCGUCUCCGGCACCACCUUCAGGUCAACCUGCUUAGCUACCCAGACCUCAGGUUCUGUAUUGUAUGCGACCGAGUACCCUGAAUUUUGCAGAUAUUCGAACCAAACGGGUUCCUCGGUGAUGAGUCCAGGAAUUAAGUACACGAUGUCAUCACAGUCACAAACUUGUGUGAUUAACAAAACGGGAGGGCAGAGUGGUUUCUACUACUUUCUGAUUGUCCUGGGCAUUCUUCUGGUCGCCGGAGCGGUGUUCUUGGGUGUGGUUUUGUACAUGAAAUACAAGAAUAAAAUCAGAAUGAUGGAACUGGAUGUGUAUACGAAAGAAUCAAAGAGUCGCCCAACAACAUCCAAAGAAGAGGAUCAAUCUAAAAAGACAAGCGACCUGACUCCAAAGCUCCCUCCCAUAUUUCCGAACAAACCUUUGAUACAGUCAAAUGAAACCGAGAACCCUGAGACACCGGAACCGGAACCAAAGCCAGCGAACGUGGAGCGAAUAUAUCCGGAAGAAGAAGGCCAGGCAACAGCUGAAAAUCAUUGCCACUAAAUAAUGUUUUCCGUACAUAUUUUCGUCAGUGAACACUGAUAUGCGCAGGGGUUUUAUCACUGAAAUAUUUUACGACCUACGUAUUAUGUGAUGAUAGUUUUCAAUCUUGUCCGUGUAAUGAUUCUCAAUUGAAAAAAAAAUAACAUAGUUUGUACGGAACAAAUUGAACCAAAUCAUUUUCAGUGGCGUAGCUAGGGACAAAAUAUUUGUAAGAAGGGGAUCUGGGAAACAGCAGCCCCCCCCCCCCCCCCCAAUAUAUAAUCCAACAUAGCACAAUAUUUAAUUAAGACGGCAGUAAUUUUGAUAUGGUAAAAUGUAUUAGAUUAGAUUGAAUAGACAUUGGAUCGGUAAGCACGUGCCUACAGUGCCUCAAUGUAGCUACGUCACUGAUUUUCUUUAGCAUGUUUUACUAAGUUAAAAACAUUGGUAGUUUCAUGGAAAAAACCCAUUUGUCAUCUUUAGUUAUCCUCUGGAAUGACUCUGUACACUCCGCGUAACCUUGAUCCAUGAUCUUUACCGACUAUUACAAGUGUUUUGUUUUAAAUAGAUUCUUAUAGUGAUUAACCAGAAAUGCAAAUUAAAAGCAUUUAGCUUAAUAAUUAUGCAUAUAUAUUUACAUCAUAUUCAUAUCCCGAAUGAAUCCCCAAAGAAAGCAUUUUAUUGUUUAAAUAAGAAGACAUUAAAUUAACUGUGAAUAAUAUAAGAUUUGUUAAAGAGUCGAGGAACCCCAUAUACGAAUAAAGAAAAAAAUUUUUUUUUUUACCUUGAAAAUAUUGUUUAAAUAUAUACAUGUACAUAUAGAAUACUAGUAUACUAAUAUUAGUAUCUAGAUUUUGGCAUCGGGGUCUGUACCAUUCAUAACCAGCAAAAUAUUAAAAAUUGAAGUAAAAUUGGAAAUAUUUUAAUUUAAAAGUUUUCAGAUAUUUAUCUUGUCUUGAGUUCAAAAAACUUAAUUUGCAUACAUUGUAGAUUACUAGUAUAUAUUUUAUUCCAAAUGUUUACAGUGUCAAUGCAUUAAAAUUCUCCGAUCCUCAGCCUCAAGUAUUUUAUUUUCAUCCUAAAAAUGUAAUUCAUCCUUCAAACUUUAUAAUUGAAAUAAAAUAAAAAGAAUUUUUCAUGGUAUCCA